AUGGCUUCUUGUAAACAUGCCGGAUGGCUUCGUGUCAUAGAGAACCGCGAUUUGAAAGAGCUCAUUAUAGAAAGAACCGAUCGAUUGGGUGCUCUGGUUCGCGAAAUGCCUGACCCAGACUCUCAACACCCGCAGGUUUGUCUCUUUUUGGGUACUUCAACAAAAGAUGAGGCCCUGCGGAACAUCUUUACUAGAAAUAACAUACGCCGUGGAGAUCGAGCAAAUGUCAACCUACGGGUUGAUACGGCGUCUUUGACGAGCGACAAUCCUGUGCUUUUUGCCGACAGCAACCCCUUCCAGAUUCCUUUUUCUGAAAAGGCUCACGUGUGGUGUCAUGAAACUACGUCUCAUUCUACAACAUGGCACACAACUGCAUCACGUGCCGUUGUCGAUGUUCUAUAUUCUAGACUCGUCUUCACCUUCAGUGAUGUCAUUUGCAUUUUUGCCGAUGACUUUCAAACAUUAGAAGCAAUCAUGUUGCGCUUAGUAGCGUGGGUUGAGGUUCAAAAUGCUUCUUCUUUGCCUUCCGAUACGCGUCCUAGACUACUCAUUGUUCUUUCUGAAGAUGGCAAGUUUAGUGAGGCUCGCAUAGAGGACUACCUGGCCUCAUCUAACAUUGGACGCCAACUUUCUUCAAGCUUUUCCACACUCAAGAUCUUUCAACUAGCAGGCAAAUAUCUUUCCCCAUCUACCCGCUAUCAACGGCUCCACGCGGAGAUUCGAUAUCACAUGGAAGAAUUGAGAGCGAUAAAAUCAAGCCUCAGGUGCCUCUUCUCCGCCACUCACCUUCUGCAUUUUUUCAACUCGGCAGUGAAGCACACAGCAUAUAACCCGGGGGAGGUAUUCGACUUUAUUAAGGUCGCAAGAGACGCGGAUCCAGUUAAAGAAGACCACCACGUAUAUCUGCAUAAGUUUCUCAAGCUCUGUGUUCACUUCAAAAUCCCAUACAACAUGGUCGCAGCAUUUGUUGCCUCAAGCAUUAUGGUCAAUGCAUACCCGAAAAGGAUGCAUCAUUGUCUCUUUGGCGAUGGUGGCGAAUUACUAGUGAAUAUCAAACCACCAACAGCUGGUGUGAGGCUUAUAGGCAUUGAUGGUGGUGGUGCGCGAGGUGUGACACCCCUUGAGUUCCUGGGUGAAUUACAGAAAUUACUUGGAGAAUGUCCAAUCCACGACAUGAUUGAUCUUGCACUCGGUACAAGCUCAGGUCGAUUGAAAGCGGUGGUCAAGUAUAUGACUAGCGAUGCAAUGUACGAUGAGCGAUUUCUGGAAGGUGCCCUUCAAGAGACUUUACCUGGACAGUUAUUUGGUUACGUCCCUGGCAUAGUAUCUGGAACAAAAGUGGCACUUACUGCGAUAUCUGGGGGAAAUGCACGGUCAAUAUUCACAAACUACAACGGCUCAGCACAACCGAUAGGGUAUACAGUGGUUAGACCUGAAGACAUCCAUGAUGAAGCUUCGCUAUGGCAAGCUGCUCGUGCAACAACCGCAGCGCCUAUUUUCUUUAAGCCUAUCACGUUGGCUGGUCAAGAGUUUUGGGAUGGUGGGCUUGGGUUUCCCAACCCUAUUGAGCUAGCAAUGUGGGAGUCUUCCCGUAUCUGGGAUAAAAAUGAGAAAGACCCACUCCAUACAGAGGCUAUGGACUUCUUUUAUGGACUUUCUUGA